AUGUUGGGGUGCCUGGCGCCUAGGGAGCUGAUCCUGCCGGAAGUCAAACCAUUGACUGAUCAGCUGAAGAAGUUCUAUGAGAUGAACGGCAAGGAAGCGAUUGACGAACUCAUGGCGCAAAAUGUUGGCAGCGAAGAGGAAGAAGAGGCUUGGUGGAUUUAUAAUGAUUUAUACACGCAAAGUUAUUCAAAUCAAAAGGAGCUUGAUGAUCAGGAAGUACCACCCGAUGUUCCUGCAGAUGCUUGGAAUGAUGAUGAGGAAGAGGAUGGGGAUGGUGAAGAGGAUGCGGGUGCUGUAGCGGCCCUGGAUGACACCCCCAAUGAUUCUGUGCCCACAACAGAGCUGGACAACGUGGAUGCUGACCUAGAUGGUCAUGGUGAUGAUAGUGACUCUGAUGUUGAGAUGGUUGAACUUGACCCAUACAAACAUCAACCUGACAACCAACUUGGACUUUCAGACUAUGAGUCACCCCGGCAUUUGAGUGAAGAACCUUUGACGACACCACAUGGGGAUAGCAAAGUGGUUACCCCUGCGUUGCGCAAAGCUGCGCAUCUGAAUCCUGAAGACCUCUCUGGUGAUGAUUCACUGUCGGGGCGUGAGGAGCUACGCAUACAACGUGAAGCAGCAGAGAAACAAGGUGUGAUGACGAUUGAUGAUUCCCUGCCCAUGGAAAACCCGGAUCUCUGCGACACUGUGCCCAUGUUUUUCGAGGAUGGUGGUGCGCCUGGUACUCCCAAAGAUUCUGUCUUCACUACGGGUUCUGAUUUGCCUGAAGUCCACAUGCCCCCAAGCAUCAGUGGUGAUCAUAAUGGUGGAACAAAUGGAAGUGAAUCUGUUGCUUCCCCUGCGCCACUGGUGAAGUCACCUCGUGUCCUUCCACCUGUUUUGACCCGUCGUGACCAACUUGGCAUGCGAAAGAAGAAGGGCAAGGGCAAGGGCAAGGGGGACAAGGGAAAGAAGUCUGAUGCCGAGGAUGGUGAAUGUGACCAGGGAUCCCAGAAGCGAAAGAAACCCAGAGUUGCCGGCAAAAACAAACAUGGGAAAACCAACACAACCAAGAGAGCUCGAAAGGUCAAGGGUAAGGAUUCUGAGGCUGAGGUUUGUGAUACCCCUGACGCACCUGGCAGUUCCAAGGGUGGUCAAAAGAAUGCAGUGUGCAAGGGCAAGGCAAAGAGCAAAGCAUCUCCCAAGAAAAGGGGGUCUCCAAAGUCUACCCGAAAGCCAGUUCCAAAGGCAUCCCCAAAGAAAAAGUCUCGUGGAUCCAAAGUGAAGCCGUCAGCAGGCAGUCCUUCUGAGCUUCCAGGUGGCAGUGCAGCGGAUGAUGUUGAGCCUGGGAAAGUGAAGGAGCCCAUGCCCAAACGUCGGGCACGCAGGGUGGCCACUCCGCAGGCACAUGUCUCGGCCCCUGUUGGUUUGAAUCUUCAAGAUUUGAAACGAUGUUUCCGGGGUGAAAUUGCACAUCAGUGGAAGUCAGGGAAGAAAAAUCUGAAGGGAGGUGAUUUCUCACUGUCUUCGUUUGAGAAGACGACCCUUUCCUGCUACUACAGCCGAGCAAGGCCAUCCAUUGGCUUGAGGGGUAAGAAAAAGGAUUACCCAAUGCGCACAAACUUGGAAUGCUACAAUUUCUCGUUCAAUCUCAAGGAUGUCUUGAAUGUUGGAUUGGCCAUGAAGUGUGCACUUGCUGAAUGGAUUGAUCAGCAGGCCUUGGACAAUGAUGACUUUGACAUCUUUUCGGAACCAGUGCAGACCCAUCUGAGCAGCAUCAAGGAGACAGCCUUGGCUGCCAUCGAAGACUACAAAGCUGAGAGUCCCGCCGGUGGUGCUGAUGUCGAUUGA